GUGUCCACAUUCACAGUAAGAGAUGGGCCCAGUUUUCCACAGUACCGAUUGGUUACAAUAUGUUUGGGGCUACUUAGUGCUCUUCUACUGAUUGUUGCCAUUGUCCUGGGAGUAUACUGUGAGUGUAACCAUGUCCAAAGAUAAGUCUCAAUACUAAGUAUAGUAAUCUCGCACCCUCAAUGUACAUGGUUACAAAGAAAAAACGUAAAUGUACUACUUUGUUCAUGAAAGGUGUUUUUUCUCCCUAGUGAUAUUGGGUCCCUCUUUGAUCCCCACAGGUAAUAAAGUCAGUGAGAGUCAUCUUCCACUAUAUCGGAAUUUGACACAGAUCAGCAGUGAGCUGGAGCAACUCCGAGCCGUCCAGAACAAUGUGAUUCAUGCUAAAGAGGAGGCCCAGAGAAAGUUACACAGAGAGCUCACUAGCCUUCACCAACUAGAGAUAGAAUUACAGCAACAGACGACCAGCGUCGAUAACUUUCAGGCGCAGAUUGAGAGCCUUCGCAAGGAGAAGACGCAGAUGCAGUCCCAAAUAUCUUCGCUUGGUGAGAUAACUUUUUGUGAGACACCCAAUUUAGGAUUUGAUCUACCGAUUAGUAAAAACAAACAUAAUAUGUGUCUUUACAGAGGUAAGCUGUGGCCUAUGUUUGCCAGGAUGGGAUCUGCUAAACUCAACGUGUUACUACUUUGCCAUUUCUGAUGCCAUUGAGUCUAGAAGCUGGGGAGAGGCCAGAAAAGAAUGUUUAAGUUAUGGAGCUGACCUGGUUGUGGUAGAUAACUGGGAGAAGCAGGUAAGACAUAUACCGUCAGUGUGAAUCUUGUUACUGUAACUGGGAGCGUGAUGUUUAUUAUCAUAUUUUGUGUGACUGAGGGCAUUGUAGUGGGAAAGUAAGUACUGUUCCAAACUUGGCAUUAUUAAUAAUUUAACCAACCUAAUUCAACAGCUUGUUUGUGCAUGACUCUCUCUCUUUCUCUGUGUGUGUCUGUGUGUUUGUGUUUUCUCAGGAGUUUAUCAAUAAGGCAAUACAAGCAUUACGAUACGGUUCAAGAGUCUGGCACCUAACAGGGUUCUGGAUAGGACUGAAGGAGGAAGGGAUACAGAGGGGACCUGGACAUGGCUUGAUGGGACUGAGCUGACUCAGGGGUAAGAGCUGCACAAGUUAUUGGAAUUGGUUUGUUAUGUAGCUAGUAUUACCAUUGACUAUUACUACUGUCCUAUUACCUAUUACGUAGUCUAAAAAUGAACCUUGACCUUUGUUCAAGGUACUGGGCAGAUGGGGAGCCUAACGACUAUAGGAGAAAUGAGGACUGUGCAGCCAUUUACUCCAACUAUCCCAUGAGGACUUGGGAUCCCAGGAAGACUUGGAACGAUGCCCCAUGUAGAAAUGCACUGAAAUGGAUAUGUGAAAUGAAAGCAAAGGCAGCCCAGGAAUUCAAGUUGUAAUCAUUUGUCUCAUGAGUGUUGCCAUAUGCAAAGACACUACAUGUUAAAUGAAGUUUUUUAUAACAAAAGUAAAUGAAUGGUUAUUAAACUCUUCUAAUUUAGCCAUAUUGGGCAAUUAUAUAACAUCACUGGUUGUUUGAUGAUCUUUCUGUCACACACACACACAGUCUUGUACAGCUAACCUUGUGGGGACACAAUUCCGCUAACCCUAAACCUAACCCUAACCCGUACUCUUACCCUAACCUUAACCCUAACCUUAACCCAAAAACCUAACCUUAACCCUAAACCUAGCCCUAGCUCCUAACCCUAACAUUAAAAAUAACCCUAGCUCCUAACCCUAAACCUCAUUCUAACCUUAAUCCUGAACCCCCUAGAAAUAGCAUUUGACCUUGUGGGGACCAACAAAAUAAAAUGUCCCCAGUUGGUCAUAGUCAUCAUAGUAUCUGACUGAUGCAUGACUGCACAAAAUAAAAUGUUUCUGAGUGGUAUUUUCAGGUGCUCUGUGUGGAUUGACAGGUCUGAGGCUGUUGGUGGGAUAAUGCCGUUGUGCACUCUAAAGAUCAUGUCUGUCUAUUCCAAUUUGGAGACUCCAGAGUGCAUGACUGUUUAUUUAGCAUCUUCACUAAACUACACCAAGCUUUAGAAAUAGAAAAAUAAGAAAACGUGUUUUUGGUUUAUUACAGUUUUUUAUUUAUUGCUAACAAGCAUUGUUCAAUACUGCGGAUACAUGUGCAAAACUCUAAAUACAGUUAUCACAACAACACUCUAUGUGGCAACCUGUGGAUUAUUUGUAAUUGCUUUGAUACAAAAUGUAUUCAAUGACAUCUUUCAAAUUACAUAAAUACUUGUCUCACAAAAACACAUUUACCAACAAAACUCUAUAUAUCUACAGACCAUUUUGCAAAUGUUAAGAUACCCUUAUCAAAACUGUUAAACUCAAGUUCAAAAGCUACUGAAAAUUGAAUUAGACUGCAUUUUUUUACAUAGCUACAGUAAAAACAAAAUAAUAAUAAUAACUCUUAAUUAUUCACUGCUGAUUUUCAUUCUACAUUACGUAAUUGAAGACCUACCCAGGUGUUUUCCAUUUUUAUGUCAUUACCAUCUCUACAAAAGGGGACAUCUUUGGAAUAUAUUUUACAUAAACAUGGACCCAGCCAAAGAUCGUGUAGUGGCUUACAGAGGUGGAAGAGUUGCCGGGAGAGGCAGAGGAUUACGUAUCCGUGGUGGAAGACGACUGAGGGGAAGACCCAGAGUUGUAGUGUCAGAUGAGAUUAGGGCUACAAUCAUCAAUCAUUUUGUCAAUCAUGGUCUAUCAAUGCGAGAUGCUGGUCUCAGAGUGCAGCCAAAUUUGCAACGCUCAACUGUGUCAUCUAUUAUAAAAACCUUCCAGCAAACUAACAGGUAAGAUGUGCAUUCUGCAUGGGCAUCUAACUGUACUGAAUAUUACUGUAGAGUAGUAAAUCGAGCAAAAGCUCUCCGAACCACUUGUGUGUGAUUUUAUUUUUGUUUUAGGAGCCAACGGUUACCAAAUGGAGGGGGGAGAGGUAGGAUUUUCUCUGCUCAGCAGGAAGCUGUAAUUGUUGACAUGGUCAUUAGCAACAAUGCCAUAAAACUCAGAGAAAUUCAAGAGAGAGUGUUGGCAGACAAUAAUACAUUUCAAAAUGUUGAAAGUGUAAUCACAACAAUCACCAGAGCACUGCACACACAGCAGUUACAGUAUACUGUAAUGUAAACUACUGUUAUAGAAUAACUGUUAUGUUGCCCUGUGGAUUUACAAUAUUUUAGAGUCAUGGGGCUUGAAGCCAGGCCAAAACCCCACAUGUUCGUCUUUGUGGAUGAGGCUGGUUUUAACAUGGCCAAAACACGCCGACGUGGAAGGAAUGUGAUUGGGAAAAGAGCAACAGUGAAUGUCCCGGGCCAGAGGGGUGCCAACAUCACAAUGUGUGCCGCAAUAUCCUCUGAAGGAUUGCUGUUACAUAAACUACUAAUUGGGCCAUACAACACAGAGCGCCACAUUUCAUUCAUGGAUGACCUCUAUGGAAGGCUUUUGCCAGGUGAAGAAAGAGGGCAAGUCAGAAGAAAUAUGGAAACCUGGGUGAUUGUAUGGGACAAUGUGGUAUUUCACCACUCCCAUGCAGUCACAGUGUGGUUUGCAGCCCAUCCCGGGAUGGUGUUACUUUUCCUCCCCCCUUACUCUCCCUUCCUCAACCCCAUAGAGUCAUUAUUUUCCUCAUGGAGGUGGAAAGUUUAUGACCACCAUCCACAUGAUCAAAUGUCACUCUUGGAUGCAAUGAAUGCAGGAUGCCUGGAUAUCGCUGCAGAAGAUUGCCAGGGAUGGAUCAGGCAUGCAAAGAGAUUCUUUCCCAGGUGUACUGCACGAGAGGCCAUACGUUGUGAUGUGGAUGAGAACUUGUGGCCCAAUGCAGCAGACAGGGUUGACUAGCAUUGUUAUAUAUCUGUUUCAUUUGGACAAUAUGCUAUGCAUAUUCAUAGUGUGUAUACACUUUAUGUUUGUUUAACAGUACUGGAAUUAUUUAUUUUUGUGGAUUUUGGAAUUACUCAGCAAAAAGCAAAAUACAGUAAUUUGCAGAAAUACAGUAAAUUGUAUUGAAGCAUAUUGCAGCUGUAAUGAAUACUCGGACAGAGUGGUAAGAUCCAAUCGCAGAAUAGCGAUGCUUUAUUAGAGUACAGACAAGGGUAUAGCUUAAUCGUGGUCGGGCGGGCUGUGGUCAAAACCGGGCAAGGCAUAGACAGGCAGAGGUACCAAAGGAGCGGGCUUAGUCGUAGUCGAGGGCACAGGCACAGGAUCAGAGCACGGUAAUCACUGGGGUAGACAAGCAGAGGAUUAAGCAAUUCGGGGAGUCAAACAAGGCACAGGUCGGAUACACGGUUAAUCAAAACAACAAACUCUCUCUCUCUCUCUCUCUCUCUCUCUCUCUCUCUCUCUCUCUCUCUCUCUCUCUCUCUCUCUCUCUCUCUCUCUCUCUCUCUCUCUCUCUCUCUCUCUCUCUCUCUCUCUCUCUCUCUCUCUCUCGGAACAAAACGCUUAGCAAGUCACAAAGGAACAAUACCUCGCACCGACUGAACCUCUGAGCACACCUUAUAUCCUACCCUAAUUACGGACAGGUGUGCUCAGAACUCAGGUGAACCAGAUCGAGUCUGAUGACUCCCCCUCUCUGUAGAUCGGGGAAGUGUCAGACUCUGUCUAGACCCAGCCAACCCCCGAUCCCUUACAACAGCCUUUCUGCUUUAUUUCUUUACAUAUAUUGCAGGACAUUCUAUACAGUACAGGUUUGCCACUCUUCUUUUGUAAAAAUGACUGUUGGUUCAUCUAAAAAACUAUGAUAUUAAAGACAAAUUGACACAUUUUCAAGUGGUAGCUGUUUUUAGAGUUUUGUAGGUCAUGAUACUAUGAAUGACAAAGUGUGCAUGUUGUGAGAGACUGUUAGCUUUCAUUUGGUAGAAAGAUUUGCUUUUGAGACAUGUAGGAUGUGCAUUGCCAAGUUGCAUGUUGUUUUGAUAACUGUAUUUAGAGUUUUGCACAUGUAUCCGCAGUAUUGAACAAUGCUGGUUAGCAAUCGAAAAAAAAACUGUAAAGAAGGAUCAAGAUUAACUGCAUUCUGAGGUGUUGUCUUGGUUCCAGACACUAGCAUAACAAACUGUGAUCCCAAUCAAUAGGAAAAACUAAAUGUUGCCACCCACACAAACACUCCUUCCUCCACUCAAACUACCAAUGGCUUCACAGUAUUCACAUGAAGCAUUGACAUAGGGCAAUGACUAAACAAAUCCUCCACAGGCAGAGAGAACGAGUAAACAGUUGUUUUAGUUCAAUAUUGGCAGAUAGCAGACAGACAAGUCAAUGGAGAAUUCUGACAUAUCAGAAAAUGUGUUGAAGGGAUUCAAGGGAACGUACAAUGAGCUGAUAUGUCAGGAUGAUUUCAGCACAGAUGGACAUCCUCUCUAUAACAGACAAGACCAACAACAAGGUACAGUGACCUUUUUGGGAAAAGCAAGAGAAUAUCUGCACUCCUAUAAAAUAUAAAUCCAGGAGCUUUUGACAGAUUGUAGAUUUGAGUAUUAAAUUCUGAAUACAGGGAUGUCACUAAAAUCUCGUGGAUGAACCCAAAUAUUAUUGCGGUAAUACUUGAUAAAAUUGUCUCUUGUCCAGUGUCCAUGUUCAUGGUGAGAGAUGGGCUGAGUUCUCGAUUCUACCGAUUGGUUGCAGUGAGUCUGGGCAUGCUCAGUGCUCUUCUACUGGCCGUUGACAUUGGUCUGGGGGUCCAAUGUGAGUAGUGUCCUUUAUCAUUUCCCUCUCAUUUAAAUAAUUAACUGAACAAUUCUGUCCUCUUCCUCUAGUAAUGUUAGGUCUCUCUUUGGGCCCCACAGACAGCAAAGUCAGUGAGAAGUACAGUCCACUAUAUCAGAACUUGACACAGAUCAGCAGUGAGCUGGAGCAACUCAGAGCUACCCACCGUAAUAUGAUCCACGCCAAAGAGGAGGCCUUGACAGUGUUACAGAGAGAGCUCCAAAAUGUGUACAAAACCAGCGGGCAGCUAGAGAGUGCCAAACACACUGGCAUGGAGUUACAGAGGCAGGUUGAAAGCCUUCAGGAACAGAAGGUGGCAUUGCAGUCCCGUGUCACUGAAGUUGGUGAGACUUUUGGGACUCAGUCUUUUGUAGCCUAUGCUGUGUUGUAUCUAGAAGCGACAUUGAUUAAUUUAUUAAUGUAUUCUUAGUAGAUGUUUAUAUCAAAAUAAUCGCUUUGAGAAAUCCCACUCUGGAGAUUUGAAACAGCAAUGUAUGCUUAUAUGGGGGCCUUCAUUUGUCAGAUGUUACAGCAACAGUAAUGUUUCAAUGACUGUUUCCAUUUCAUUUUGUAACAGUGGAAAGCUGUGGCCGUUGUUUGCCAGGAUGGGAACUGCUAAACUCAGUGUGUUACUACUUUCCCUUGUCUGACUCCAUUCCUCUGAAAACGUGGGACAGAAGCAGAGAUAACUGCAUUAAACAAGGAGCUGACCUGGCAAAAAUAGAUAGUGAAGAGAAGCAGGUAAAUUAUUUGGAUAUAUUCCACAUGGUGUAACUUCCACACUGGGUUAAAGAAUAUAUACGGUACAUACCAUGUUAGCAUAGAAUGAGUAGAACGUUCUAGCGUUCUCAUCAGUUCUAUGGAAUGUGUGUCUAAAUGUAAUUAUGUAAAUCGCCCCACUAGGGGGUAAGGGGGGGGCCUUUUGGGUUUUCCUUUUACCCCCUUUUAAAAAAAAAGGGUUUUUUCCCUUUUUAGAAGUUAGGCCCCUUUUUCCCCAAAAAAAAAAAUUAGAAAUUCCCCUCCGAAUGCCUCACGUGGGUGGACCCUCCUCCCCCCUUUUUUCCCCCCCCUUCCCUUUCCCCCCGGGGUCCCCGGGGGUUUUUUUUCCCCCCAAAACCCUCCUUUCCUUCCCCUUUCCCGGCAAAUCACCCCCCUUUUUUGGGGGGGUUUUUUUGGGCUCUUUUUUUUUCCCUUGUUUUUACCCAAAUUUUUUUUUUUUUUUUUUUUUCCCCUUUCCUUUUCCCCCUUUAAUUUGCCCCCUUUUUUUUUUUCUUGCUUUACCCGUUUUUCUGUUUUUCCCUUUUUUUUCUGGGUUUUUUUCCUUUUCCCCCCUUUUACAUUUCCCCCGGUCAAUCCCCCAAAAAAAACCCCAAAAGGGGGGGCCCAAAAAAAAAGGGUACCUAAAAAAAAAUGUUUAAAAAGGGCAAAAAAUUUUGGAUAACCACAUGGUUUGAAACUUAAUUUUUAAAAAAUAAUCGGACCCCAGAUGUAGUGUUUGGGUUUUUUUUGGGGUUUGGGGGAAAAAAAGGUUGCCCCCUCCAGGAGGGUUUUCCGGUUUUUUGACCUCUUUUUCCCCAUCCUUGGAGGGGGGGGGAGGAAAAAAAAGGGGGGGGGGAGAGGAAAAGGGGGGGGGGGCGGGGGGGGGGUGUUGGGGGCCCCCCCCCCCGGGGGAUUUUUGAACAAAAAAAGGGGGGGCCCCCCGGGGCCGGGGGGGCCCUUUUUCCCCCCUCAUUUUUUUUCCCCCCUUUUCGUUCUCUCCCCCUUUCUCUCCCUUUUCUUUUCCCCCCCUUUUUGGGUCUUUUUUUUAGGGUUUUUGGCUCAAGUUUUAAAUGGUCGGCAUAAAAAGGGGGGGGUUGGGAAAAGGGUCGAGGGGACGGAAGGCGGGGGUAAAUAGGGUGACCCCAAAAAAGUAGGGGUUUUUGGUGUUUUUGUUUCCCUUUUAUACCCCUAAUUAAAAAUGGGCAUAUAGACUCUGAAUAACAUAGGUUCAACUUAUCUGCUAUGGCAAAGUAUGGAGAUAGACAGAUUGUCUAAAUAUUAGCAUUACCAUUGUCUAUUACUACUGUCUUAUUACCUAUUACGUAGUCUAAAAAUGAACCUUGACCUUUGUUCAAGGUACUGGGCAGAUGGGGAGCCUAACGACGCUAUGAAUAACGAGGAUUGUGCAGCCAUUUACUCCAAAAAACAUCCCACGUGGACUUCGGAUCGCAUGAAGACUUGGAACGAUGCCCCAUGUAGAAAUGCACUGAAAUGGAUAUGUGAAAUGAAAGCAAAGGCAGCCCAGGAAUUAAAGUUGUAAUCAUUUGUCUCAUGAGUGUUGCUAUAUGCAAAGACACUACAUGUUAAAUGAAAAUGUUUAUAACAAAAGUAAAUAAUUGGUUUUAAAUUCUUGUCAUUUAGCCUCUUUACGUGCAGCGCCAAUAUCAAAUCAAAUCAAAUUUUACUUGUCACAUACACGUGUUUAGCA